AUGAGUCCCUUUCGCUUAGUCUACGAAAAGGCUUGUCACCUCCCAGUGGAGGUGGAACACAAGGCUUUCUGGGCUGUAAGAGAAUGCAACAUGGGAUUUGAGAAGGCUGGCAUUGAAAGCAAGCUGCAACUGGCAGAACUGGAGACCCUUCGACUCAAAGCAUAUGACAACUCCAGACUAUACAAAGAGAAGGUGAAGGCUGUGUAUGACAAGCAUAUCAAGAGAAGAGAGUUCAAACCUGGGGAGCUAGUCCUCCUUUACAACUCAAGACUGAGGCUCAUGCCAGGCAAGCUGAGAUCACGGUGGAAAGGCCCCUACAGGGUAGAAAAGGCAAUGUCAUACGGAGUCUUCCACCUGAGUCAUCCUUCAAGUUCCAAAUUCAUCAAGGUCAAUAGACAUCGCUUAAAGCUGUAUCAUGGUGAGAAGAUGAAGGAAACUAAAGAGCUAGAGGUCUUCCUCUUGGAGGACCCACCAACAGAAGCAGAUUAA